ACCUCCUGCGAGUCACUACCCUGGGUAUAAUAAACCCCUAUCUUCUGACGUCAGAAACACGCGACGGGCCUGUGCUUACAGUCGCUGCAGACGGAGGCAGGAGAUGGGUGAGUCGCUGUGCAGAGGGGACGUGUUUUGAACAAUAACUCGUAGACUUUAUUAGGACAGCUAAAGAGCGGCAGCACACCUCUCCAUCAGGGCCGCAGCGUUAGCAGAGGUCCUCUGCCGUCUGGCCUUGUUACUCCUGCAGAGAGCGGGCUAGAGCCAGGCCCAGCGGAGAGUUACCUACAUUGUUUUUGUCGGCAGCGCCAGUUAAACAGCUAAUGAGGCGCAUGUAGUCAUUGACAGUCAUUGCUCUCACACACUAAAGCAACAAAACCCGCAGAGUUUCCCCUCUCUUGCUGCUCAGAUUUGUGAGCUGCUUUCAGGAGCGCGGCGUGUAAACGUUAGCUGACUGAACACCAGCUAGCUAACUGCAUUAUAAUAAUAAUAAUGACUUCCAGGAGGACGGGCUAUGCUGGAAGCAUGGAUUCCUCCUCUCCGUCAAACAGCGGCAGCAGCUCGCUCCACAGUGGGAACCGCAAACAAAGCGCUGUUAGCAUCCCCGACAGGAUUGAGUCCUGUUACGAUCGCAAAGUUGACAAGGGUGGAUACGGAGGCUCGCAGGGCAGUGUUACGGUAACAUCGCUCAAAUCGCGUCUCGCCCCGACCAUCCAAACCGCCAUGUCCGCAGCAGUGGACACUCUGCUCGGGGAAGUGGUUCUAGUGCUCAAUGAGACUCAGCAGGAGUUGCUGCAUAAGGAGCAGGAGAACGAAAGGCUCAAAGUGCGCCUGGAAGUGUCUGAGAGGGAGCUGAAAACCCUGCAGGAGUGCCUGUGCAGUGCUCAGAAGCUCAUAGAUCAGCUUCAGGUGUCCUACACGGGCCCUCAGUCAAUCAGUCAGUCAGUGUUUGCCCCGUCGCUGUCGUCCAUGGCUUCCAUGACUUUGGACAGGGACCACCAGAACCCCAGAAAUGUGAAUGGAGCGGGUGUCGACUUAGGUCUUGGUGGCUCUGUGGACGAGUCACUUCAUGGGUUUGAACCAAGAGAUGAGUACAAAAUGUGCCAGCUUUCAAUCCAGCCAGAUGGUUCUGUGACCAACCACGCUCUGGACUCCUUCACAUCCAACACAUCUCAUAUGUGCUCCGAUUCUGGCCGACCAGACGAGAGGCAGUCUCAGGGACCUGGUGGAGCGUCCAGAUUUGAGAUCAAAGAGGAGCAGGGACCAGCUUCAGGCUCCACUCAGCCCAACAGGAAGGACAGCAUAGCGGCGGGGGACGGAGAACGAUCGUCACAUAACGUGGGGGAUCUUGGCUAUGGUCAAGUUGGAGGAGAGGCGGGUUCCCAGCGAUCUUUCCCUCACCCACUGCGUCACCAAAGACCCAUGCGUGAAUGCAGUAGUGCCUUGGGCGGACUUAAUGGACAGAAACAGUUAGCUAGGACUCCUGGAGCAGGAAGAGGUGACAGCACUUCAUCAGGCGGAGCUGAAGAAUCUGCGGGACCAUCAGCUCCUGACACGGCAGUGGUCGAGCCCCCUGGAGAUCGGCCUCACCACUGCUUGGAGUGCGGAAAGACCUUCCGUCUGAUCUCCAGCUUGAAGAAGCACAUCCGCAUCCACACAGGCGAGAAGCCGUACCCGUGUGGAGUCUGCGGCCGUCGGUUCCGCGAGUCAGGGGCGCUUAAAACCCACCUGCGCAUACACACGGGGGAGAAGCCGUACUCUUGCUCAGAGUGCGGAAACUGCUUCCGCCACCUGGAUGGUCUGCGUAAACAUCGGCGCACCCACACGGGGGAGAAGCCCUACGUGUGUGCCAUCUGCGGGAAGCGGCUGAGUCGCCUGCAGCACCUGAAACACCACCAGCUGAUCCACACCGGAGAGAGGCCGUGCUGCUGCCCUUUCUGCAACCGCACUUUCAAAGAGCCUGCGGCUCUGCGGAAACACAUCCGCACGCACCGCGAGGAAGGCGGUCACAUGGGAAUCAGCACCAAUGAAGACGCUGACCCAGACGCCAUGGAUGACAUUAAUAACCUCCAUCCAGCAGCUCCGUCUCCGCAGAUGAGGUUUGGGGAGUGGGGAGCUGAGGAGGAUGACAGCUCAGUUGUAGACUGUGUUUAGGUGGAGGUUAAAGAGGUGCCUCGCUGUUGGUGUUUUUAAAAAGCACGGACUGAUGUGUUUGUGUAGUUUGAUGGACCACGAGGUCAUCUUCACUCCGCGGUGUUAGGGUGAUGAACCAGGCUACAUAUAACCAGAGCCUUGGAGCUUAGUUUGUCAAAGAUAUUCAAGUCUUAAACGUUUAGAUUUGAAGCUUAGUUUUAAAUUACCACGGUACAUUCUUCAGCAGCAGCUGUUCUUUCAUACAGAUGUUUAUGGAGCAGUGCAGGUAGUGUACAGAUUCCAGGAAAUUGCUAGAUUGCAAACUUUCUGGCAAUAAUUUGGGAAAUUUAUUGCAGACGUGGGCACAAGCCAAAAACUGUAAAAAAGGAAGGAUAUUUAAAAAAACAAACAAAACAAAACUGGGGAGCUGGGCAUGAAUUUAUAAAACGCUCACAAUAAUGAAGGCAUAGUUCUAGCUCAUCCUUACUGUUACAGAAAAAGGAUUUGGUAACAGCAUGUUUAGUUUGUAGGUUUUUAUUUUGUUUUUUGUUUUUUUUAAAUCAUAAUAAAUUGAUCAGGUUUGGGUAUUUAUAAUCACAUCUAUGAAACUGACCAAUGACUAAUGUGGGCGAAUUUCCCUCAGCUGAAAGUAGCAGAUAAAGGCCUUUACACACCAAGCACAUUGUGGAAAAAUGUCACAAAAAUCAGAAUUUAUUUUGCAUGCGAAUUUGUCAUGUAACGUCAAAUCGACAUCAAGCAAUGAAGCGCUAAUUCUGAUGUUUCUGAGGAACAAAAAAAGAGGGAAGGAACAAUGAUUCUGAGUUCCUCCGAUUAUCACAAGCAGGGAGAAUUUUAUUGGUUUAAUCCAGGAGUUGAAGCUGUAUCACGGCAGCUUUCGUACAUUUCAGACCACAUCUGAGGAGGCAGAGAAAUGAAUUCGGAGAGCAGAUUGACCCGGAGCAGCGUCUAGCUGUGUGUCUGAGGUAAAAUAAUAUUAUUUUACUGUUUCCAUAUAAUUGUAUGUUCAGCACCGGUGUGCGCUUUGAGCACACUUGUUGGAAAACGCAGUAAUCUGAUUGGUUAGCUCUGUUCAUGCACAUGCGAAAAACUAGAAAGAAUUCAUAUUGGUAUGAACGGCUGCAUUAAGAACAGGCGAGGCUGCACAAAAUAUGUGUGAAUUUUACAUGUUUAAUGUGUAAAGGCCUUAACACUCAACUUUCAAAAUGCGUAAACUAUGAUGGCUUUACAGCCACUGUAGUCCAAGAUGGUCUCCUUUCAUGGUAUAUUAAUAUCUUCCCACCUCUGCUCCUUUCAUCUUUGAUGCUCACGCGUUAUUUAAUGCCAGAUUUAUAUGCACAAGCUGACAGUUUCAGUGGUCACGGAUCACGUUCGGCCCAGUCUACCAACUUUUAUCCUGAUUUCUUUUAUGAAGGUGUUAGGGCUCAUGUUCUUGGUAUCAUUGGUAGUAAUAUACCUUCUGAGAUACAGUCACCAGGAGGAGUCAGGAGGUUGAGCAGGCCAUCCACUAAUCAGAAAGUUGAUGGUUCAAUGUCCGGCUGCUCCAGUGUGCACGCCAAAGCAUCCCUGGGCAAAAUAGUGACCCCAAAGUUGCUCAUCAGAGUGUGAAUGUGAGUGAAUGAAGCAUGCAGUAGAAAGCACUAUAUAAGAACCAGUCCAUUCAUCUGAUUUCUUUCACUGACAACUUCAGUAAAACAUCAGGUAGAUACUUUAUUGCCCUCUAUAGGUGGAAACGGUAACAUUUUAAUCUAAAAUAUGCUGCUUUAAAAAAAGACAACAUUAUGCUUGUUUUUAUUACACCACUGCUGUCACCGCUGUUUCCUUUUUAUAAUGAAAGGCUGUAGCAAUGCCAUAUAAAACACUAACAGACCAAAAGCUAAAGUGUAAUUUCAGCUAUAUUUGUGUGUGUGUGUGUGUGUGUGUGUGUGUGUGUGUGUGUGUGUGUGUGAGAUGAAUCAUGAGCCAUUUUUCCGUCAGCCAUCACCCCCCCCUCUCUCUCUCUCUCAGCCAGUUCUCUCUUAUCUCUUCCCGUCACUGUGCAGAGCCCUCAUUGGUCCACAAUUGUUAUGUUAUCAAACGGAAGUUAUCUGUGUCGAAGACAUGCUGUUUUGAAGAAAUCACUCAGUGCAUUUAUUUGUUUAUCAGAUCAUACAGGACUAGUUGAAGGCAAUUAGCUGGCAUCUUUAUGCACCACAUCAGGAGCUCAAACACUCUCCUGUUCUCUCUUCUCGCUAAAUAACGUCUCCCUGUGGACCUCAGUUUGGCAUUCCAUUUUUAUUUUAUUUAUUUUUUAGUUUUUUUCACGCUGCUACUGUAUGUCUGGAAAGGCUUUCUUUUUCUGGACUUGUAUCAUUGUUACCAGGCAGUCGCUAGCAGACAGACGUUGGUGCUUGCAUGUGCAUAUUCGUUCCUCCGCUGGCAGCAAUGCCUCUCAGCCGUUUGUGUAUAUAAGAAUGUAGUUAGAGCAUUUUUAUUCGGUUUAGUAAGGGUUGUGCUUAAGUUGUCGUGCAACAGUCUUUGUUUUGUUUUGUUUUUUAAAGGAAACACAUGAUGUGCUGAAAACAGCAGUAUACUAACAUACCAUGUAAAUGUAUGUAACCCAGUUACAUUUGUUCCUGAUGCUACAGCGCACCAGGAGUUAACAGCAGAGCAUUAAUCUUCUCAGCCCUUUGAGCUAAACUGUCUGGUGUUAUUUAACAUGUGUACUACUAUAAUGACCUCCAUGUAACUAUUCUAUGUACAUUUACAAGUGCAAGUCAUUUUAAAGUGACACUAAAAGUGUUAAAUAUUUGUCACUGUGUAUACCAAGAAGGUAGUCUUUGCCCCAGAUAAGCAUAUUUAUUGUUUUUUGUAUUACACAUGGGUGGGUUUGAGGGGUGGGGGGGACCUUUGCAUGUAGGUUUAAACAGAAAUGGCAUUAUUCCCUAAGAAAUCAGUGUUUAAAUGUGAAAUACUUUUUUAUGCUUAUUUGUUCACCCACUUCACAUUCAUACUGUACAUGUUACUAUAUUAAAGGGCCUUGUUUAUAAUUCUG